CUUCUCUGCUUUCUGUUUCUCUCUUCCCUCUCUCUUCAUAUUGCAUCUAGCUUUCUGGGUGAGAGAACAGCAGCAUAGCACCGUAGACCAGUUUGGAAUCAGUAAGCAUCAUGGCACCUCCCGUAUUCAUCUACGUCGGUGGAGUAAUCAUCGCAAUCGGAGCAGCAUACGCGCUUAAACAGUUCAUCUACGAACCCUACGUUGCCCCGCAACUCGAGAAAUGGGCUCAGGCUUUCAUCGAAUCCCGCCGCCGGGCAAAGGAGGAACAGCGUGAACGCCGGAUGCACGCGCCUAUGAUGGCUAUGCGCUCCGGUGCACCGGUGGGGACGUCAUACGACUAUGUCCGGCUUGAUGGGGAAGAGAACGAGCUACGCCGUGCUGGGUCUGCCAAGGCCCGCGAGUGGAGUGCGCACAAUAGAGCAGAGGAAGAAGCACCAGUGCCUAUCGAGUUGGAGAAGUUUGCCGCAGGAGAGAAGAAUCGUUUAUCCUGGAGUGAGAGGGAGCUGCCCCCCAAUAUGCCCCUUCCUGCACUUCCGAACGCUCCGGGGCUGAGAAAGCGUGCGGGCGGGAGCAGGCCGACCAGCAGGCCACAGAGUUUUGUUGAGAUCACCGAAGUCCCCGGGUUGCCCGUGUCGGCCUACAUCCCCCUCACCCCGCAGACGACGCAUAUAGCGUCUCCCAAGCCCGACUUCCGGCAGACCUUCUCCGCUCCUCCAGCUCUCCCCGCUCCGGCCCCCUCUCAGCCUGCGCUCCUCUCACCACCGAUGUCAGCCACCUCUCCUCCGCCGGUGCAGCGUAUCCUCAGCCCUCCUCAGGCGCGGGAGUACCCCCAGCCUCUGCAUGGGACGAUCGAGGACCUCACCUCCCCGCUCGUAGGGGACUCCCUUAUCCACCUCGUGGUCCAAUCCCAGCCCGGCCAAGCCCCAGAAUCCGUCUUCGCGCGUAGCCCCAGCCCUUUCCUACAGCCAGGCACGCCCUCCCUCAGCCAUAGGUCGUACCAGUCCUCCCCUUACCCCUCCCGCCCACCGAGCGCACUCUCAUCCGUCUUCUCCCCUCCGGGCAGUGCGCUCUCCCUCCCUUCCCCCCUGGCGCGCACCCCGAGCUGGACGGCGCUUUCCCGCGCCUCGUCGGCUAUGGGAGGGGAGGACGAGGUGCUCAGCCAGAGCAGUAGGAGUGUGACUGAUGAGGAGACUGGGAGUGAACUGGGGAGCGAGAUCGGCAGUGUGUGGGAUACGAUUAGCAGGCGGAGCGCUUUGAGCGAGCAGUAUGUCCGGAUGUGAGCAGCUGUCUGGUAAGGACAGGUCCGGCCAGGAAUGUACGUUUUUGCGGUUUGCACACUUGUAAACUCCCCAUCUUCCACUGUUGUACACUCAUUGAACCCUGGACGCAGUCUCCACACGAG